AUGGGCCAGUCUAUCGCAUCUGGUCGGGCGUUCUCCCCGAAGUGCAAUGUAAUCACGAGACCCGACGACGUCAAGAUCUUUCACAGCGACUCUCCUUCCCACCUGAAAUCCAAGUCCAGCAACGGCGGAUGGUUAUUCCAUGAGCUUCUUGGUGACUGUAUGGGCCUCAUCAACGGGGACCGUUGGGAACAAGUUCGGGCUCAGUUUAAGCACCAUUUCAUUCAUCGCUCCGUGUCAUCAAUAUCUAGCCAUAUUGAGCUCGCGGCAACUGGAUACUUGCAGAGCCUUGAGAGACAGGAUGCUGAGUCCUUUGAGGUACACGCCGCCAGUGAUUUCUCGCGCUUUCCGUUCAUGACUACCGCCGAAUAUCUCUAUGGGCCUUUGACUGAAAAUGAAAAGGAAGAGCUGUGGAAUCUGGGUCAACAAAGCCUUGCACUUAUGGGGAAUGUUCUUUCCGGUGGAGUGUAUCGCUUCGGAUUGUGUCAGUGGAUGAGGCCACACUCAUUCCGACGAUUGAGGAGUUUCCAAAACCAAUGGCAAAAUUUCAACCAGAGACUUGUAAAUUCAAGAGCUCUCUCAAAUAACCACCAGCCACCUAUCGUUGAGGCUUGGAUGGCGAUGGAAAAGGGCUGUAUUUCGAUGAAUGAGAUACUUCAGACUCUUAGUGAAAUGCUUUUCGCCAACUUGGACGUGUCCACACACGUUCUUAGCUGGCUUAUCAUCUUCUUAGCUGAAGAUAUUGACAUACAGCAACAAGUUCGGGCGGAAAUUUCGGCAAAUCCCGGGUCUCUCGCAGAGCUCUGUGUAUUCACGAUCCCCGAAAGCUCACCACGAACAAAAAUCAUUGGUGGCUAUAUUAUUCCAUCACACACGAGCGUUGUUGUGGAUACACUUGCAAUCAACUACAACCAGAAAUUUUGGGGGAACGAUCAUUCUCGCUUCAAUCCACAUCGGUUUCAGCAUCUGUCUUCAACGGAGCUCCGUUACAACCUCUUCACAUUUGGAUUUGGAACAAGGAGGUGCCUUGGACAACACUUUGCUGAGGCUAUGUUGAAACAUUUCGUCUACCACUUACUAAAUCGGUACGAGAUUGACUUACCAAGGUUAGAUGCCAAGAAGACAUGGAGCUCGCAACCCAUUCAGGAUACGUGGGUUCCUAUUGCCAAUGCGCGUGUUAUCCUAAAGCCAAGAAAAUGA